AUGUUCUUCGAAAAGAAGAAAAUUGAGGGGGAAUUGGUUAAAGUUGUACCAUGGCAAAAAUAUAUUUACAAACAAGCAGGACCAAUUGAAACGGAAAGAGAAGAAGAUGAUCCUGAAUUAAAAGCCGGUUUGUUUGAGGGUGAUAUGGAUUUAGGUAACACACGUAAUGGUUUAUUGGAUACCACCAAAAGAUGGCCCAACGGUAUAGUACGCUACAGAAUCGAUCCAGUGUUUGAUGUUGAUCACACCCUUUAUAUUCUCAAAGGCAUGCAAAUAAUUGAAUCCAAAAGCUGUAUACGUUUCCGUCAUGCCAUAGAUACCACCAGGGCCUUUAUCAGAAUUAAAGGUGAACCUACUGGCUGCUCUGCCAAAGUCGGUUAUAGUGGUACAGCGCAAAAUGUUAAUCUAGAAGUUUAUGAUCUGGAUAGAGGUUGUUUUCGAAUUGGCAGUAUUAUGCAUGAGUUAUUACAUGCUUUGGGUUUCUAUCAUCAGCACAGUUCCACAGAACGUGAUAAUUAUGUCAAGGUUAUGUGGGAUAAUAUUAGAACUGGCAUGGAGAAUAAUUUUGUUAAAUACGAUUCUAAAACUGUUUCGAAUUUCGGUGUCGAAUAUGAUUAUGGCAGUGUUAUGCAUUAUAGUUCCACUUCAUUUUCAAAAAAUGGUGAAAAAACUCUAGUGGCUCUGAAGAGCACUGAUGCAGUCAUGGGUCAACGUUUAGAGUUAAGUGAUAGUGAUGUUUUGAAAUUAAAUAAAAUGUAUAAUUGUUAG